UUCUGGACUUCAGUGACCCCUUCAGCACAGAGGUGAAGCCGAGAAUCCUGCUUAUGGGCCUGAGGAGAAGCGGCAAGUCAUCCAUUCAGAAAGUUGUCUUUCACAAAAUGUCUCCCAACGAAACACUGUUCUUGGAGAGCACGAACAAGAUCUGCCGGGAAGAUGUUUCCAACAGCUCCUUUGUUAAUUUUCAGAUUUGGGACUUCCCAGGACAGAUUGACUUUUUUGACCCUACAUUUGACUAUGAGAUGAUCUUCCGGGGAACAGGAGCACUGAUAUUUGUCAUCGACUCCCAGGACGAUUACAUGGAAGCCCUGGCCAGGCUGCACCUCACAGUGACCAGGGCCUACAAAGUGAACACCGACAUCAACUUCGAGGUGUUUAUUCAUAAAGUGGAUGGUCUGUCAGAUGACCACAAAAUUGAAACUCAAAGAGAUAUUCACCAGAGGGCAAACGAUGACCUUGCUGAUGCUGGAUUAGAAAAAAUUCACCUCAGCUUUUAUCUGACAAGCAUAUAUGAUCAUUCAAUAUUUGAAGCUUUUAGCAAAGUGGUUCAAAAACUAAUUCCACAACUUCCCACCCUGGAAAAUUUGCUAAACAUCUUUAUCUCAAAUUCUGGAAUUGAAAAGGCAUUUCUAUUUGAUGUGGUCAGUAAAAUUUAUAUUGCAACUGAUAGUACCCCAGUGGACAUGCAAACCUAUGAGCUAUGCUGUGAUAUGAUUGAUGUGGUUAUUGACAUCUCUUGUAUUUAUGGUCUCAAAGAAGAUGGAGCAGGAACCCCUUAUGACAAGGAAUCAACAGCCAUUAUAAAGCUGAAUAAUACCACAGUUCUUUAUUUAAAAGAGGUGACAAAGUUCCUGGCUCUUGUUUGCUUUGUCAGAGAGGAAAGCUUUGAAAGAAAAGGGCUUAUUGACUAUAAUUUUCAUUGCUUCCGGAAGGCCAUCCAUGAAGUUUUUGAGGUGAGAAUGAAAGUGGUGAAAUCACGAAAGGUUCAGAAUCGGCUGCAGAAGCAAAAAGGAGCCACCCCCAAUGGGACCCCUAGACUGCUGCUGUAGGUGAGGUUUCAGGAACAUCCUUUAAAAUCAGACCUUUCAAUGAGGCUGCUGCACUAUGUUGCACUAAAGGAAGAGGAAGAAGGAUAUUGGGACACAUAACAAAUUUGUUGUAACAAAAAAUUCCUGCAACCCUCUUGGUCUUUUCUUUUUAAAAUAAAGCAAGCACUUUGAAGCAAAAACUUGUAUAUUAACAAUGAAGUGAAAUCCACUGUAAUUUCAUUACACAAAUGUAAACUUUUAUGGUCUGUAGUUACAAAAAUCCUGUGUGAGAACUGCCAGGAACUGUAUAUAUUUUGCACUUUUUCAUGUUUUUUUCUCAUUCAACUAAACUUUGAUAAAACAAGUUUUCUAAGCUUUUUUCUGUACUUGGUGUCGAGGACAUGCAUAUUGUAGUUCCUGUCUAUAUGGCAAUCAGAAGUUAAUCAAAAAGUGAUGCAUUGGCAAUGACUUUUUAUAAAUUUGGGAAUCUUUGCUACCAAUUGUUGAGAAAAAUCAUUUUUCAGUGGAGCUGGAACAGAUUAGGGCAGCAAGCUCCAGAAGCAAUAACAACUGUCCUUUGUUUAUAACUGGUGUAAAUGGGAGUUUUGUAGAAUAAUAUUAGCACCAAACUUAUCUAAACAUUUCUAUAGCUGUGGCAAUGCUUCCCUACUCAACAGUUUUUAUGAAACUCUUUACCUCAACACACAUCUCUAUAUAAUUUUAUACAGAGAGGUUAUUGCUUUUUGCUGCAUUACUGUUCUUUAGAACCUUUGGGACCAGAUUUCCAAAAUGGUGCCAAUUACUGGAGAGAAAUAAGAAUGUUGCUGAACUGCAAGGUUUCUGGAGGCUUGUUUUGUACCUGCCACCCAGGCUAAAGUAACAUCAGAGGCCACGUGGUUUCCCAAAUGUAGGUGACUGGCAACUGCAGAUAUAAAACUAUAUAUAAAUCUGUAUGUUUGGCCCCUGUGAAAUGGGCCUAUUAUUGUGCAACAUUUGAAAUAUUUAUUUAGGACCAGGUUUUGUUCUACUUUCUGUUGUUUUAAUUGCUCCAUGAUCACAGGGAAUGUCUCAGAUCUCUACCACAGAGCUGAAUUCUGCGGGGCACAUUUGUCACUUCUGAGCCUCCUCACCUGUGACAGUGUGCCUUGUGGAAUCUGCCCGUUCCCACCUCAUGAUUAAACUAGAGCUCAGCUUGCCAGCAGCAGGCCCUGCACAGCUGAAAAGCCAUCCUGAAAACCCCUACAGGUCAGUGGGAAGGGGAUGGCCAGAGGAGGCGUUACAGUUAGCUGUAUAUUUGUUUCUAUGAAAUUCUUUCGCUUAUGUUUACUUUAGAAUAACAGCAAAUUAUUCUAUAAUAAACUCCUAAAGUUACCCCCAUCCCAGGGGCCGGCCAAGUGGCUCAGUUGGUUAAGAGCUUGCUCAAGAGUUUGAGCUCUGAGCAACAGCGGUUCGA